AUGGAUUCAUUUUAUGUUGUUUUACCUUCAAAUUCUGAAGAUGUUGAAGGAAAUACUACCUCAAAGUUUACAGUAAGGAUGCCUGACACACUUGAGUUAGAUUCAAGUUGGACUGUUGCACUUUCAAACAUUAUUUAUCCGUUUUCAUUCUCUUUACUUGGAGAUUCCGAAGAACAAGAAUCUAUUACAAUUUAUCGCCGAUAUGGAAAGGAACUUCUAUCUGUUCGAAUCGAGAUACCUGAUUUGUCUUUUGCCUCAGAAAGGGCAUUAGAAGAGGCCAUAAAUGCAGUUUUGCUUGAUGCUUGGAAAAAGGAAUUGGAUCGCGAGAGAGAGGAAAUGAGACUUGAAGAAAAUAAAAAAAGAAUCUAUGGGAAUUUUCGUAGAAGACGAGCUGUUGAGACUAUAAGCGAACAAUUAGUUAAAAAUGGGUAUUUUGAUUUGUCAAAGGAAAUUUCAUUUAAUUUCAUGAAAUUUUUAGGAAAACAAGGAAUUCGUUUACCGCCUAUAAGCCCUCAUGCAAUAGAUGGUAUAGAAAUGGUUCGUUUCACUCCAAAUCACGAUCAAAUAGAGCUGAUCAAACAAGCACUUGAUGAAUUUACUAAUCCUCCCUCGGCCAAUCAAAAUGAAGAACACGCGACUGUUACUCCUAUCGAAGAAACCAUUGAAUCUACUCCACAAACACAGCCCGAAGUUGAACAAAAAGAAAAAUUGCCUACUGCCGAGUAUGAGAGUUUCAUUAAACAAUUGGAAACGGAAGGUUACUUUGAUAUGCCAAAAGAUCGUGCUUAUAAAUUUAUUCAAUAUUUAAAUAAAGAAAUUAAGGGGGCAAAACUUCCAGUUCUAUCUUCAGUUCCGGAAAGCUCUGUUGUUCGAUUAAAGCCGCAAACUGAGCAAAAAGAUAUAAUAAUAAAUGCAAUUAAAAGUUUUGCAUCACCUUCCCCAUCUGAAAAUACUUUACACGAAGCAAGUUUAGUGGAAAAUGUUGAUGAAAAUCCUGAAACGCCUGCUCCCUCUCAAGUUCAUGUUAAAAAUCAAAUUAAUGAAAAAACAGAAAGUUUGCCUACAUCUGAUAGUUCUAUAACUGAUGAUCCUCCUAUCCCAAAGUCUCCAGUAACACCUGUAUCAGAAAGUUUUGCAUCACCUUCCCCAUCUGAAACUAAACCUGAAAAUCCUUUACAAGAAGCAAGUUUAGUGGAAAAUGCUGAUGAAAAUCAUGAAACAUAUACAGCUGCUCCUUCUCAAGUUCAAGUUAAAAAUCAAAUUAAUGAAAAAACAGAAAUUUUGCCUACCUCUGAUAGUUCUAUAACUGAUGAUCCUCCUAUUCCAAAGUCUCCAAUAACACCUGUAUCAGAAGCUCCUACUGAAGCUCCAGUAUCUUCUGAAGAAAAAUCGGAUGAUAUACAACAGAAUACCGAAAAGCAAAAUGACAACACUCCUUUAGACGGAAAGAUAACACCUCUUUCUGAUACACUAACAGAUGAACAAAAAACUUUGAUAGAUAUGGCUGUUCGUGCGGCUACAAGAUCAUUGACAAAUAGUGUAGAAUUGGCAAAGCAACAAUCACAACUAAAUAAAGAUCUUAAUCAGAAAUAUUGGAAAGAUGCUCGUUAUAAGUAUGCACUACUAGAUGAAGAGGUAACAUUAAAUGAGACGGGGGUAACUAAGAGAAAAGUACCUGCAACCAUUCUAAAAUUGGUUGUAACACAAUUAAAAUUAUUGUUUAGUCGAAGAAAUGAAAUAGAUAAAUGGAUACAAGAAUGUUUAGAUGCAAAGGAUAGGGUUUCAGAAGCACAAAUAGAAACUGUAGCGGCAGAAUCACGAGGCGAUGUUACUGAGGCACGAAAAGCUGCAGAUCGUGCUAAGGCCGCAGAACAAAAGGUUAAAGAAUUAGCCAGUCAAGUUGAAGAAGCUGUUGCGGGUCAGAAACUUUUAUCGGAAGAAAUUGUAGGCAAAAUUGAAGUUGAACUUUCGAAACAAGACGAUGAAACUUCAUCGGCAAAAAUAACAACUCCUGAUGAUGAAAAGACCUCGACACAUGAAGAGGAAAAUAAAGAAAGUCAAGUCGAACAUGAAGAAGAGCCUAAAGGACCGACUGAAGAUAUGCAAGAAAAUAGUAAACAGCCUUCUACACAUGAAGAGGAAAAUAGUGCGGAAGCGGACUCAACUGAUGACAUCUCUGAAGAGCCAUCUGAAUAUACACAAGAAAAGGAUGAAGAACCUUCAGCACCUGCAGAAGAGGAAAAUGCUGACGAAGAUCAUGAACAGGAAGUCGCUGAAGAAACUUUUGCCGAUACUCAAGAAAAGGAUGCAGAUCCUUCGACAAUUGUAGAAGAUGAAAAUAUUGAACAUCAAGAACAUGAAAAAGAAGUCGCUGAUGAAACUUCUGAAGAAAUAUUGGAAAAUGUUCAAGAGUCUACAACACACGAAGAUGAGAAAAAUAUUGAACCUCGUGAGGAAAUUGAACAAGAAGUCGCUGAGGAGCAUGUAGAAUUUUCUAAAGAAAAGAUUCAGGAAUUUCCAGGAGUUGAUGAUGAAGAUGAAGAGCCUUGGACUCCCCCCUUAGAAGAGCCUGUACCACAUUCAAUGGACACUGUAGAACCAUGGUCCCAUGAAAAAGAAGGCUUAGGAAAGCCACAGGAAUCUCCGGCAAUAAUUAAUGAGGAAGUGGCUGAAAAAGUGAGUAAUCUUCCCACUAUUGAAGAAGAACCAGAACAAGUAGCAAUUCAACCUGAGGAUCUAAGCUCGUUGCCUGAGCUCCCGCAUCCUGAAAUGUUAAUUGCUGACCCUCCUGAACAUCCUUCCUUUUGGAAAAGCUUCUUUAGUGGUGGAGUUAGGCAUGUUGAAGAUAAAACCAAAGACAAAGAACUUCCACAACAAGAAAAUUUUCAUCCGCAAAAAGAAUCUGAAGAGUUGGAUGAUUCGGAGCCUAAAAAAUUACAUCUAGCUGAAUAUGCUUAUCCUCCUGAAUAUUUAAAAAUGUUUCUUAGUUUCUCCAAUAUACAACUCGCUGAUCCAAAAUAUCAAUGGGUUUCCAUUCUAUACGAUAAAGUGCAUAAGCGAUUUCAUGUCUUCUUGCAAGGAAACGUACAAUUUAUUAAAUUAAGUCGUCAACUAGCUUAUACUCUUGGUUUCGAUUCAGAGAAGGUUCAUAGUGGACAAGUCGCAAAGUAUAUGCCUGAUAUAUCUGGAGGUGUGCGUCAAUUUUUAGUUUAUGCACCAAAACUUGUUGAAAAUAGCAUAAUAGGUAACGUAACUGCACCUUUAUUACGUGUUGUUAAUGUAUCUGGUGAACCUGGAGAAAGUGUUUCAGAAGUAUAUAUGACCGAACAUCAUCAUCGUUUAUUAGGUAAACGCCAUCCAGACAUUACUAUUGAAAUUCGAACCUUAACUGGAAAACUAGUAAAAUUCCAUUGGGGAACUUGUAUAUUAACAUUACACUUUCAACGCUCACUAUUUUAA